AUGGCGAGACAAUUAAUACAAAAAACUGCGCAAGUACUUGAUGGGCAAUCUGGUAUUCUAGGCGAUUUAAAAGAUAACAAUUUUCUUGAUGCUGCAUGUUGUCAGAAAUCAGAUCACACUUAUUUCGUAAUUUCAAAUGGAUUGUUAUGUAUGUUCACAGAAGAUAGAUUAAUAGACAAGUGG